AUGGCGGAUAUUUUGUCUCAUCAUGAGGAAGCGGAUUCCUUCAAUGUCAGUAUGCUGGAAGCGGAACAAGAACCGCACGAAUUGAUGAAGGAACAGCGCAAGGAUGAAGAGAUUCGCAAAGUGAUCGAAGCAAUCUCACAAGGCCAGCAAUACCGAAACAUUCAACAUAGUACACACAUGAAGUNUAGUAGUAGUAGUAGUAGUAGUAGUAGUAGUAGUAGUAGUAGUAGUAGUAGUAGUAGUAAUAGUAGUGGUAUUAAUUGUAGUAGUAUUGAGCGAAGCUGCCUAUCACUAAAUUUGGGUGACAAUAAUGAUAUUCGAAGCUCGAGCCAAGAACCCAAAACAUAA